AUGCAAACUGAUAUUUUUCAAAGUUCCCUUAAAUUUAUAGCUUACGGAGACCGUCCUAUAGAAGGUUUGGCUCUUGAGGAAGCAGAAGAUAUUGAAUCUCCACAGGCUACUGCAGACGUGAUCCCCUGGUGCAAGGAAUAUGCUGAAAAGUAUGAAAAUGAGAACCGGAUCAAGAGGCAGUGCUUGUGGAGGAAAGUAGCGGGGAAUCCGAAAUGGAUAAUGCUAGAGGUUGACAACUACCCUGCUAAAAUUGUUGCUCCUGGAGGAAUGAGGAAGAAGAAAUUAAUAGAAACCAUAUCUAGAGCUCAAAGUGCUGUCAGCCAAAUGAUAGUUCUAAAGGGUAGAGAAAAGCUUCAUGUGGGCUUUUUACCCCAAAGAGAGAAGCAUGCGUAG